AUGUCUGCACGGUUAUCCUCGGCUUUCAAGCACGCAAUUUUAAACUGCGUUAGAUCGCUAUUCAAUGUUCUAAUUGGCAGAUCAGUUGCACUGUCUAAAAACCUCGUAGGAGAGCAUCAUAUGUUCAUGUUUUUCGCCUAUCCCCUGGUGACACCGCGUAGCAGGCAUAUGCUCUUCUUUGUUGUCUUUCCUCUAAGCCAAACCAUUUUGCCGAAUUCGACGACCUUAUUAGACUCUCCUUUCCAGAUUUCUGUCUUUAAAAUUAAUACGUACCUCAAGAAAGGUCUCAAAGUCUGUGACAGUGAUGACGCGACCUAUAGCGUUACCGGUUUUUCUGAUGCAGUUUGCCCAUGCUCCAACACAAUACUUGUACUCGGUACGUGUCUGAAAGACUCAAGAAAAUUGUCUGCCCUUGCUAUAGCUGAUGCCCAACUAGGUUUCCUAACAACCGAACCAGUUGAAAGCUACUUUGGUUUACCAGUCUAUACCUAUUAUGGAGCCGAUUACUUCACGCACAUUGCAGUCGAUGCUCGAGUUAAAGCACUGGAUGGCCGGUACUACGAUUUAUUAUACGUUUCUACGAGUCAAGGACAGAUUUUUAAGAUUGUCAAUUUUGAAGGGUCAAGGGCUGAAAACAAACAGCAUUACUGCAAAUACAAACUCCACGUCGCAAAGACAGCUAGCGCGCAUCGUGUCACUGAUAAAGCUCUUUUAAUUUCCCUUUCUCCCUCUCCCUCCGCUCCUAAUUUCGGGAACGUGUUCCCAAUAUAUGCACUUAGCACGCAGCGCAGUUCAGCUUACCGUAAAGAACCAAUUAACACGAUGUUCUUAUACAAAAGGAAGUUUCAUAAAGGUCUUUUAAAAACAAACCAAAGUUACCUGGUUGUUACUACGCACCGAAUGGUUUAUCGUAUACCAACAGCUCAGUGCUCUAAAUUUACCAACUGCAGUGACUGUAUUGCUAUAAGAGAUCCACAGUGCGCCUGGGACAGCACUAUUAAAAAAUGCAUUAGGAUAACUAAUAUGAAUGAUAUUAUAUUGAAUUUGACGGCAAACACUUUCUGCUUUUCUUGUUUAUUAAUCUCACCAUUAGACUCGUCAACAAGUGCAAAAUAUUUCAGUGACCUAAAACAGAACGUCAUUGGAGGUUCGGGAGAAAAAAUAUGUCAAACUUUAUCGAAGUACAACGUCAAGUUUAGCAAAAUUGUUGGCCCAGAAAGAAAUCUCAAAGAGCGCAUCGUUCAGUUUGCAUUUGUAUGUACAUUGUUAUCCAUAGGGAUAGUAUUAAUGCGCAUUUCCCAUAGUGCGGUCUGGUUGUCGAAUUUCCCUGACAAGUAUAUUUCAAUUAAAACGGAUGAUCCAUGA